AACAAACUUCCGUUUCAUGCUCCCCCAGUUUCCGGAAGAUCUCUGUACAAUGAUGGAGAAAAUGGAAUCCUAAGACCGUACCCAACUAUUCAAGCGGAUUUGUUAGAAUAAAACGACCAAAGUCCAAGAUAACGAAUAACGACACAAAUACAAGACAGCAGCUGGAUCGUGGUGACUCAGCGAUAGACAGCGUUUUAUCUCCAGCUUCUCUCCCUUCGACACCCGAUGGAGGGCUCCGACAGUUCUGAGCCGGGCGCCAGUGACCAACCAGAGGCCCAGCGCAGGCGGCAACGGGACCGGCUAGACCGGGAGGAGGCCUUCUACCAGUUUGUCAACAACCUGAGUGAGGCAGACUACCGGCUGAUGAGAGACAACAACCUGCUAGGUACCCCAGGUGAGAUCACAGCAGAGGAGUUGUUGAGUCGGCUGCAGCAGAUUAAGGAUGGACCAGAGCAGCAGCAGCCUAGCAUCAACACCAGUGAGACUGGAGAAGCUACAGGAGAACUGGCAGAAGGUCCAGAGGACCCGUCUAACGGCGACACCCUCUUGGAUUGGCUGAACACCGUCAGGCGGACAGGCAACACCACCCGCAGUGGUCACCGAGGCAACCAGUCAUGGCGGGCGGUGAGCCGGACCAACCCAAACAGCGGAGACUUCCGGUUCAGUCUGGAGAUCAACGUUAACCGUAACCUGGCCGAGCAGCAGGCCCGCGCGGAGGGGGAGGCCGAGGCGCAGGAGGAGGCCCCAACUAGAGAACCUGGCAAUGGGGUGGAGGUCCAGCCGGAGGCGGAGGUGCCCAUGGAGACAGGAGAGGUGCUGGAGGAACCAGUUGUGGAGGAGAUGGCUGUCAUAGUGGAACCAGAAGCGGAGAUGGAGCCAGAGGCUGAGGUAGAAGCUGAGCCAGUGGCUGAGGUAGAAGCUGAGCCAGUGGCUGACGUAGAAGCUGAGCCAGUGGCUGACGUAGAAGCUGAGCCAGUGGCUGACGUAGAAGCUGAGCCAGUGGCUGACGUAGAAGCUGAGCCAGUGGCUGACGUAGAAGCUGAGCCAGUGGCUGACGUAGAAGCUGAGCCAGUGGCUGACGUAGAAGCAGAGGCUGACGUAGAAGCAGAGGCUGACGUAGAAGCAGAGGCUGAAGUAGAAGCUGAGCCAGAGGCUGAAGUAGAAGCUGAGCCAGAGGCUGAAGUAGAAGCUGAGCCAGAGGCUGAAGUAGAAGCUGAGCCAGAGGCUGAAGUAGAAGCUGAGCCAGAGGCUGAAGUAGAAGCUGAGGCUGAAGUAGAAGCUGAGCUAGAGGCUGAAGUAGAAGCAGAAGCUGAGCUAGAGGCUGAAGUAGAAGCAGAGGCUGAGCCAGAGGCUGAAGUAGAAGCUGAGCCAGAGGCUGAAGUAGAAGCUGAUCCAGAGGCAGAACUAGAAGCAGAGAUGGUCCCAGAGUUAGUAGUAGAGGUAGUCCCACAGCCGCCCAGCCCUGUCACCAGACCAGCCAGUCCCCUGGUGCAGGCCCCUCCUAGCCCGCCCCCUGAGGAGCCUCCGCGACGGGGCCAGAGACGAGCCCGCAGCCGUAGCCCUGAGCAGCGCCGGACCAGGGCUCGCACCACACGAAGUCGUUCCCCCCUCACCCUGGACCGACUCCCCCGCCACGUCCCCACCAGCCCCGCCCCCCAGGCCCCCGCAGAGGGAAGCUCACGGACUCGACAGCAUGUUCUGUCCCGGCAGAGCACCGCAGAGUACGAGGCCCAGUCAGCCGGAACAGGGUCUGACACAGGGUCUGGGAACGUCCCAGAGCCCGGUACCACCCCACCCCAGGAGGGAGAGGCCGCGGGCGGGGAGGGAGCAGCAGGACGACGUCCCCCCACCAUCAUGCUGGACCUGCAGGUGCGUCGUGUUCGUCCAGGUGAGUACCGCCAGAGGGACAGCAUUGCUAACAGAACCCGCUCACGCUCCCAGAACUCCAACAACACCUUCCUGUACGAGAGUGAGAGGGGGGGGUUCCGCAGGACCUUCUCCCGGUCCGAGCGUGCGGGUGUUCGGACAUACGUCAGCACCAUCAGGAUCCCCAUCAGGAGGAUCAGUGAUGCAGGGUUGGGAGAGGCCACCUCCAUGGCUCUGCAGACCAUGAUACGACAGAUCAUGACCGGCUUCGGAGAGCUCAGCUACUUCAUGGACUCGGACUCUGACUCCUCGGACUCAAACCGUGGCGGUGGUAACCCCACUGGUGCUGCCGACCUGGCCGAGGCGCUCAACACUCCCGACGGGGGAGUAGCCGGCAUGGCGGAGGGGGCGGAGCCUCCUGUCUCAGUGAGCGGGCAUAGUAUUGGAGGAGCCGGGGAGGCAAGGACAGAGGAGAGGGAGGGGGAGGACGGGAUGGGUCUAGGUCUGUCUCCAGGAAUAGGUUUAGGGGUGGGGGGCACCCCCAGGGAGGGGCGAGCUCGGCCCCGUGCCCCCAUCAGUCUGGAGGAACCGGGGUCACUACCCUUCCUCCGCCUUGCUCACUUCUUCCUCCUGAAUGAUGAGGAUGAGGAACAGCCCAGAGGACUCACCAAGGAGCAGAUCGACAACCUCUCCACCAGGAACUUUGGGGAGAGUGAUGCUCUGAAGACCUGCAGUGUGUGUAUCACAGAGUAUGCUGAGGGGAACAAGUUGAGGAAGUUGCCCUGUUCUCAUGAGUACCAUGUUCACUGUAUCGACCGCUGGCUGUCUGAGAACUCCACCUGUCCUAUCUGCCGCAGGGCCGUGUUGGUGUCUGCUAACCGGGAGAGUGUGGUCUAACCUGGAGAGCUGGAGGUCAGGGGUCAGCGGUGCUCCAGGCAGACAGUAUAUAACACCGUGUCAGUUCUGCAGGCCUUUCUCCUAGUCAGACCAUUUACAUUGUUAAUGUUUUCAUUCUUAAGCCAUCACUGACUUUUAUCCAACUGACAUGCUGGUGUUUGGACAGACAGACAAGACAGAGAGACUGACAGGAGGGAAGGUGAUGUCCUCAUAGACUCUGUAGGAAGAGACUUGAGAAAGAGAUGCAACUGUCCCCUGUUGGCUAACAGACCCCACUCUCCCCUACCUGUCUUACCCCAAAAGGGACUCCACUGUCCCCACCUGACCCUGCUCUCCCCUACCUGUCUUACCCCAAAAGGGACUCCACUGUCCCCACCUGACCCUGCUCUCCACCUGAAAGACUGCAUUUAUCAAUACUCUGAAACGGCUCACAGACUGUCAGUGUGUCAAAGCUUUGCUGAAUUAGUUUUUAAGUUAAAACUGUAGAAUGUUGUACAGGCGUUAAUGGGGACAACGAGAGGUGACGGACUUGGAUUCCGUUGGGAAUUCUAUCAGUUUAUUUGGACUCGUGUUGCAUCAUAGUCAGGUCAUCGGAAUCAAUAGUACUGAUUAUUGAUUAUGAAUUGUGUUGAACUGUCGUUGAGAUGGGAUGUAGGUAUCUGUUAACUGAUGCUAGUCUGUAGUCUAACUCUAGCCCAUCACAUGAAGCAUUUUCUAUUUCUGCCCUCUGACAGUGUUUCAUCAUGACCUGGCCUGUGUACACAAAGCAUAUCACAGUGUCAGUGGGGGUCUAGGAUCAGUCCUUCAGUGGGGGUCUAGGAUCAGUCUGUCAGUGGGGGUCUAGGAUCAGUGUCAGUGGGGGUCUAGGAUCAGUCCUUCAGUGGGGGUCUAGGAUCAGUCUGUCAGUGGGGGUCUAGGAUCAGUAUGUCAGUGGGGGUCUAGGAUCAGUCUGUCAGUGGGGGUCUAGGAUCAGUCUGUCAGUGGGGGUCUAGGAUCAGUCUGUCAGUGGGGGUCUAGGAUCAGUCUGUCAGUGGGGGUCUAGGAUCAGUCUGUCAGUGGGGGUCUAGGAUCAGUCCUUCAGUGGGGGUCUAGGAUCAGUCUGACAGUGGGGGUCUAGGAUCAGUCCUUCAGUGGGGGUCUAGGAUCAGUCUGACAGUGGGGGUCUAGGAUCAGUCCUUCAGUGGGGGUCUAGGAUCAGUCUGUCAGUGGGGGUCUAGGAUCAGUCUGUCAGUGGGGGUCUAGGAUCAGUCUGUAUAAUCUUAUUCAUUAUGACCUAAAAGGGCCAACUGAUCCUAGAUCAUCACUCCUACUCUGGGACACUUUAUGGAUACGGCCCCUGAAUGAUAAUGACAAGCUCCUUAUGAUCCUAACCCUGUCACUAUGACAACCUGUUGGUUCUGCUACCAUAUGACCAGGAAGUGAACAGACGGCUGCAUUAUGGCUCCGUCUUCACCACCCUAUCUCUAUAUAGUGCACUAGCCUUAGGACUCUAGUCAGAAGUACUGCUCUAUAUCGGGGAUAGUGCCGUUUGGGAAUCACAUUUAUGGGUUCCAUGUGGUGUUGCAUGAAGGAUCUGGAUUUAGACCCCUGCCGGGCCAGGUUUAAGCCCUGUGUCUAACCCAGGCCAGGUUAAACCCCGGCCGGGCCAGGUUUAAGCCCCGUGUCUAACCCGGGCCAGGUUAAACCCCGGCCAGGCCAGGUUGAACCCCGGCCAGGCCAGGUUGAUCCCCGGUUAGACCCCGGCCAGGUUAUACUCAGGCCAGGUUAGACUCAGGCCAGGUCAGACCCCGGCCAGGCUGCUGCCUCUGUCCUGUGUUUUGGCCUAGAACUUCUACCACCAAGAGACAUCUUCAUAUCUGGAACACCAGUGCAAUAACUACAGAAUGGGGAAAACUGAAGAAGUGUAAUAUUCUAAACUUGUAUAUUAUUAUUUCUAAAAUAUUGUAGACUGAAUAUUCACAGUUAAAACGAAGACUUGUUCCCUUUUAAAAAUGUGUUAAUCUUUUUAUUUUCUUGAGCUUGGUUCUUUGUGUACAUUCUGAUAGCGCUCUCUUGUUGAUCGGUGGGCCUGUAGGAUGCUGUAUGUUGGGUGUUCCAUGCCACGAUGACAUCACAUUCUAUAGGUUCCAUGUGUUCUCACGGUUGCCGUCAUUACCUCCUCCCUGUACAAAUAAAGUUUUGGGUGGUUGAAGCUC